AUGGCUUCUCUAUCUGAAGAUGAUUUUUCUUGUCCUGUAUGUCAGGAAAUCUUCAAGAAUCCUGUUGUUUUAUCAUGUAGUCACAGUGUCUGUAAAGAGUGUCUUCAACAGUUCUGGAGAAUUAAGAAAACACAGGAGUGUCCCGUCUGCAGGAGAAGAUCAUCAAAAGAACAGCCUCCAGUUAGUCUUGCAUUAAAAAACUUGUGUGAGUCGUUCCUGAAGGAGAGAAAUGAGGUUCGUUCAUCAGGAUCUGAAGAGAUCUGCAGUUUACACAGUGAGAAACUCAAACUCUUCUGUCUGGAGGACAAACAGCCGGUGUGUUUAGUGUGUGUUAACUCUCAGAAACACGACAAUCAUAAAUUCAGACCCAUCGAUGAAGUGGUUUCAUCAUAUAAGGAGGAGCUCAAUACAGCACUGAAAUCAUUACAGGAGAAACUGAAAGACAAUGAAAAAACAAAAGGAGAGUUUGAGAAAACAGCUGAACACAUCAAGUCUCAAGCUGAGCACACAGAGUGUCAGAUUAAACAUCAGUUUGAGAAGCUUCAUCAGUUUCUCAGAGAUGAAGAAGAAGCUACAAUCACUGCACUGAGAGAGGAAGAGGAGCAGAAGAAGCAGAUGAUGAAGGAGAAGCUGGAGGAGAUGAACAGACACAUCUCAGCUCUUUCACACACAAUCAAAGACACAGAGGAGAAGAUGAAAGACAGUGACGUCUGCUUUCUGAAGGAGUUUCCGGUCUCGAUGGAAAGAGUCCAGAUCUCAUCACAGCCGGAUCCACAGACUCCUUCUGGAGCUUUGAUUCAUGUGUCACGUUACUUGGGGAACCUGUCCUUCAGAGUCUGGAAGAAGAUGCAGGACAUCGUCCAGAACACUCCUGUGAUUCUGGAUCCAAACACGGCUGAUCCUCGUCUCGUUCUGUCUGAUGAUCUGACCAGUGUGAGAGUCAGCGGUGAUCAACCUGUUCCUGAUAAUCCAGAGAGAUUUGACUCUCAUCUCUGUGUUCUGGGUUCAGAGGGUUUUAACUCAGGAACACACUGCUGGGAUGUGGAGGUUAAACAGAGUGAAUACUGGAGUCUUGGAGUAACUACAGCAUCAAACCAGAGGAAGGGAUGGGGUUUCUAUAAGACUGAUGUCUGGAGUGUGUGGUAUGAUCAGUACGGUGUCUGGAGUUUUGUGUACGGAGGGUUUCCAGGUUCUGGUGUUCGUGUUAAACGUAAGUUUGAUCGUGUGAGAGUGAAUCUGGACUAUGACAGAGGAAAAGUGUCAUUCUCUGAUCCUGUAACUAACACACAUCUACACACAUUCACAACCUCCUUCACUCACACACUCUUUCCAUUCUUCUCCUGUUAUCAUUCUUCUCUGAGGAUCUUAUCGAUCAAUAGUUGAUGAUAAAGGAUUAGACUAAAUCAUCUUAAUCAUAUCUGACCAAUGAGAAACAGUGAUGUGUCACAGAUCCUGAUUAAAUGAUCAAAUCAUAUUAAUUGAAGUAAAUGGUCUAGAAAUACUUUAUUCAGCUGUUUAUGAAUCUGAUUCUCAGAUCAAAUGAUCAAAUCUGAGUCAGUUACACAACAAAUAUGAAUAAUCACUUGUAUAAACUAACAAUGUGUGAUUUCAUGAUUUCAGUCUCAUUUUCAGAUUGAAACAUUAAAAGUUUGUCAUGAUUGUUAGGUUUUAAACUGUGGUCAAAUGUCUGGAAACCCUGAUUUUUUCUUUGUUUCUCAAACUGAAUAUUUGUGUCACUUUUAUUUCUAAAGAACUUUAUAUAAUUCAGUUUAAUUCAAAGCAGCUUUAUAUUAAUAAAGAGGAAAAUAACAGCAUCAGUGUUGGAAACUGAAUUAAUUUGUUCCUAAUGUCAGAUAUGAAGCAGAUCUUCAGAAGAGAGUAUAUCGUGUCAUUAUUCAGAUGAUGGUUAUGUUCUGUUUGGGUUUAGUUUUCCCCGUGUUUCUGUUUCCUGAUUGAAUUAUUCAUUAGUUUCUCUGGUUUUGAUUGUUUCAGUUUUCUAGUGUUGAAGUCCUGUGUUUUGCCUUAGCUCCUCAGUUCUGCUCCUGAUGUUAUCUGUGUUGGUUUUCUGUGAGGAUGUUAUUAAAGAUGUGAGAUGAAGUCAAACAUUAACAGUGAUGAAGCGGAUGUAUUCAGUAUUCAGUAUCAGUGGCCACUAUACGAUGUAUGAUCCUCCACUUCUCUUUGGUAUUGGGGUUUAUAUAAAAGUCUCCAGGAAGGAGUCACUUCUUUGGGAACAGAGAGAUAAACCUCCAUUUACUAUCAACCCUUUCUCUUAACUGAUUACAAUAAGCAUCUUUUACACAAAAGCUUUUUCCCGAGGGAUUGGAAAUCCAAAACUUCAUACCCCUUCAACAAAGAAACCUGUCCACUUUCACACCUCACAGAUCAGAUGGUUUACAGCAGAACACAUUUACAUUCGGCUGCAGGAAACUGACGAAACUGUACUUUGGUAAACUUGUUCAUCGAAAAACACAAUACAUUAUUCCAAAAAGUAGAAUUGUGCAAUUUGAAAGAAAACUUAAAAACAUAAACUGGGAACAAACGAUGACACUAGACGAUGGAGAGGAGUGUUGUAAUUCUAUGACCACAUCUCUUACAAAUCUAAUGGAAAAAUGUACAAAGCAAAUAAAAUCUAAACAAAAAGAUUUCACGGUGCUCGGGAUAAAUAAUGAAAUACAAAACACACAAAAAAGCGAGAUUUACCUCUGAAAACAUCUUUAAGAUCUAAACUUAAUACUGAUCUCCCGACUUACAGAAGUUUAAGGAAUAAAGUCGUAUUUGAGCUGCGGAAAGCAAAAGUGACAUAUUACAGUCAUUUAAUUGAUAGUGUUCAAGGCAACAAAAAAUCACUUUGGGGGCAUUUAAAUAAUCUGACUAAUAAAUCAAAUAAACACAAAAAGAUUACAGAACUUAACAUGAAUGGUAAUAGUGUAACUGAUAGUGCCAUUAUGGCUGAUGAAUUAAAUUCAUAUUUUGUACAAUGUGUUAAAGAUUCCUCAACUAAAAUUUGACAAGCAUAUAAAGAAAAUUUUAAAAACAAUACAAAGUAAUCUCAACUGUUUUAAAUUGAUAAGAAGCUUCAUACCGAACCAGGCCUGCUAUGAUUGUUUCUGAUAUAUCGUACUGCAUGACAGCAUGGGCUCAAGCCACUCCCACUGCAAGCAAAUGCAUAGGUUCUGUAUUCAACCGAACAAUAAAAAUUAUGGAUGAAAAACCAAUUUACAAGUGCAUUAAUCAUUUAGCAGCUGAGCCACUAAGCUCAUUUAUUGAGAGACAAAGCAGCACUCGAUUCACUAGGGGUUUCUCAAAUCAUGACUGUAAAAUACCAUACUGCAGGACCAGCUUUGGUACGACGACCUUCUCUGUGAAGAGCUCUAAACUCUAGAACUCAUUACCAUCUGACAUCAAGACUGUACUGGACUUUAAAGUGUUUACUUCCAGGCUAAAGAACUGUUUAAAAACAAACCAAAGGUGUACACAUUUUUAAUGAAUGCUAGUAGUAUGUAAAUUUUACGGGUAAAUUUCAUGGGUAAAUUUUAUUAUGUAUAACCAGGGACAGGAGUUGUUUAUAUAUUAUGUUAUAUUGUUUUAACUGAAAUGGUUAAGUAUGUAAAUUGUAUUGUGUUUAAAAGCCCAACCAGGGACAGGAGUUGAAAAUUAGCAUUUGCUAUAAACUUUUUAUGCAGCACUUCAGUGACAAGCUUGCUUUGACACUAUGUUUGUUUGCAUUGUCCAUGUCCAAUAAAUAAAAUAAAGAACAAUAAAAAAAAAAAAUGAAUUGUCCUCUAUGGCAGUGAGGUGUGGGGUCCACUGACCAAUCCAAAUCAAGAUUUCACCAAAUGGGAAAACCUUCCAACUGAG